ACUGUGGUUUGGGCAUAACAGAAAAUUCCUGAUUGUCACUAGUCACUAUUGUCAGUGAUCAAGUGUCAACUAUCAAUUCAUUUGCAUUUGGCAUUUAUGUAUGGAAUUGUUCUCAGUUUCUCAUUUCUCCGUCUUUUCACUUUAAUAAUUCGACAAUGGCUGUGUUAGCUGCUGCUCAGCUUUUGGACGAGUUAAUGGGACGCAAUAGGAAUGUAGCACCUAACGAAAAAGUGAAAGAAUUGAACUGGGAAGAUCCCGAAUAUUGCAAGUACUUUCUUGCAAAGUUCUGCCCUCACGAUUUAUUCGUUAAUACCAGAGUAGAUUUAGGAGCAUGUAGCAAAGUUCACGAUGAAGAAGUUAGAAAAUUGUUUCUGAAAGCGAAACCCACACACCACAGAAAACUCCAGUACCAAGAAGACUUCCUCCGAUUCUGUGCAUCUAUGAUGAAUGACGUCGAAAGGAAAAUUAUCAAAGGCAAACAACGAUUAGCCCUCAGUGCCUCGGAGAAGAAUGAAACUCCUUCGUUAACUCCGGUACAAACACAGAAAAACCAGGAACAGAUUAAUUUAUUGAAUGAAAGAAUAAAUGAUCUCGAAGCAGAGGCUGAAAAAGCUGGAACAGAUGGUAAUGUAGAACAGGCUCAAGGACUCAUGAAGCUUUGUGACCAACUCAAAGAUGAACGGGACAAUCUAAGGAAGCAAGUAGACAAUGGCCAUUUUACUGCUACAGCUGAGCUUGCAGCAGCUCAAGAAAAACAAAUGGAAGUGUGUGAGGUGUGUGGUGCUUUUCUCAUAGUUGGAGAUGCCCAACAACGUAUAGAUGAUCAUUUGAUGGGCAAGCAGCACAUGGGUUUCGCUAGACUGAAGGUAGCUGUCGAAGAAGUUAAUGAUUCACUAAAAGCUGCAAGAGAAGAAAGGUCAUUCAGUAAGGGCGGGUUGGGAUCAGAUGAAAAACGUGAUCGUGAUAGAGACAGGGAACGUGAAAGAAGAAGGGAAAGGGAGAGGAUGUUGGAAAAAAGUCGUGUCGAUCAAAGGGAAAAGGACAAGGAGAAGGAAAGAGAACGAGAGAGGGAUAGAGAAAGAAGAGAAAGAGGUAGGAGAUCACGGACUGCAGACAGAGGUGAUAAAAGGGAUAGAGAAUCUCAUCGAGAAAAAGAGUCUCACAAGGAAAGGGAAAAAGACAAAGAUCGAAGUAGGAAGAAUCGGGAUUCAAGUCACCAUCGACACCAUCACCAUCACAGACAUUGAAUUUGACCAGUAAGACCCUCCCGUUUCAGUGUCACAAACAGGUGGGUCUGACUAUAAGAAACUAAGAAGUCCAAGGUUCGCCAAGAUCUUCUAUCCAGGACAUCAGAAUUAAAUCGAGGUGACGAAUUGUGUUUUAUAUUUUGUAGUCAAAUGGGUAUUCAAUUUGCAAAAAAUAUAAAAGCUAUGUUUUUGCUUUUGUGUAAUAACAUAGAAAUUGUGUUAAUUUUUUUUUUAUCAGUGACAUAUAUGUUAAUAGUUAAAAUAUUACUCAAA